UUCACUGUAAGUCUAAAAGUCAUCUUGUCGGGCAGCUACUCGAAUGUGCAACGAAAAUGCUUCACGAUUUCAGCUGGAUUAAGAUAUUACCAACCAUCAUCCUCUCACUUGAUUAUUUUACGACAAAGGUAUCUGCCACUGGAACAGAUGGAGAUGAAGUUGACCUCAAGUAUGCGCUGAUGGGAGCGGGAAUAGGAAUUUUUCUAGUUGUCACAUUUCUCGUAAUAAAGAUUUACAUGAUUAAGAAGCACAUCUAUGAAAACGAUUUAACGGAUCCUCUCUCCAAGCAAAGUCAGUCAGUCAGGGAAGAGAGAUACAAACUUGCCCAGAACUGAAGGUCUCGAGGGCAGUGAUUGAGCCGUUAACUCGCAAAGCUCCCACCCCCCCCAACCCCCGAAGGAGAAUUGUUCGUGUUUGCAAUUGCCACCCGGGACUGGUUAGGAUUCAUCACCGAAUAUUAAAUGGAAUACAAAAUG